AGUCAAGACUCCAUUCUUUCUUCUUCUCUCGCCUACACAUCAUACUUGGAUUUGGAUCCUCACAACUCAUCUUCCGAAGAUGACGAUCCCUAAUUCUACAGCUUCCACGGCUGAAAACGCCUCCUCUCGUCUCCCCGAGGAAGAGAAACGCAUCGUCUCGGAGCUGGCUACCAACUCGAACGAACCAGACUCCUACUUCGCCGUCUCCAAAAGGUGGUACGCAAGCUGGCGGAAGUAUGUCAAUACGCCUCUCGGAGGAGGAGCAGCUGCUCCGAGGCCUGGACCGAUUGAUAACAGUGACAUCAUCGAAACUGAUCCAUAUCUUGGUAGAAAAUCGCUGGCUAAAGAGAAAGCUUACGUUCUUGUUACUCAACUAGUUUGGAAUACUCUUCUUGAAUGGUAUAGCGGAGGUCCUCCAAUACCAAGAACCUUCAUCUACCUUUAUCUGUCAGAUUCAAGAGAUGACGAUGAUGAUAAUGAUGAUAAUGAGGUUACUGAUAUACGGUUGCCAAAAGAGGCCUCUAUAAGGGAGCUUUAUGAGAUGGUUUGUGCUAAAACGGUAGUAUCUCUAGAAAAGGCUCACAUCAGGGAUUACUACGAUAUGAAUAAAGGCGAACUCUUGGAUCCUUUAUCUAACAAGAGCCUUGAAGAGUCUGGUCUUGUCACGAACCAAGAUAUUCUUCUUGAAGUUGAUGAGCGAGGCCUAGCGGGACUGGUUAAUUUGGGAAACACAUGCUACAUGAACAGCGCUGUUCAGUGUCUGGCGCACACGCCUCCCAUACAUGAAUACUUCUUGCGAGAUCACACUCAUCAGGGCGAGCUUGCUAAGGCGUUUGGUAAGCUGUUGACGGAGUUAUGGUCUUCAGGGACUAAUGCGGUUGCGCCGCGCGUUUUCAAGAAGAAAGUGGAUAAAGCUGCUCCACAGUUUACUGGUCACUAUCAACACGAUUCUCAUGAACUGCUUCUUGCCUUGUUAACUGGCCUGCAUCAAGAGUCUGACAUUGUUAACGUCUUCCAAGGUCAAUGCAAGUCAAGUCUGGUUUGUCCAGUUUGUGGGGAAACAGCAAACACCUAUGACUCCUUCACGUCCUUGUCUUUACCAUUGCCUUCAACACCUACUCCUUCAAUAUCUCUGAUUUCUUGUUUGGAGGGAUAUUUAGCAGAAGAGCCUCUAGGACCGGAUAACAUGUGGCUUUGUCCGCAAUGCAAAGACAAGAGACAAGCUAACAAGAAGCUUGACCUGUGGAAGCUGCCGGAGAUUCUCGUGUUCCAAUUAAAACGGUUCAAGACUAGCAAAUAUUUCUUGAAGAAGAUAGAUACGUUUGUGGAUUUCCCAGUUGACGAGCUGGAUUUGAGCAAGUACGUGGAGAAAGGCGAGUCAUGCUUGUAUGAGCUGUAUGCAGUGUGCAACCAUGACGGUGGGAUUGGUCUUGGCCACUACACUGCCUACGCUAAGAUGAUUGAUGAUGACAACGAGUGGUAUUGUUACGACGACAGUCUUGUUUCACCCGUAGACGAAUCCGAGAUCAAAAGCAAAGCGGCCUAUCUUCUUUUCUACCGAAGAAGAGUUGGAAGUGAAUCAGCUGAGGUGUCGAUGACCGAUGAUAUGGAUUUGUCAUAAUCACGAGGUUGCUGCAUUUGAUUUAGAGAUGCAUUCGUCUAUAUAACUCACUCUCUAUGG